ACACACGAUUCGUCAUUGUCAAAUGAAAAGAACGAAUCAGCAGUGCAAAACGUUUACCAACAACAUCAAUUAGAAAGUAUGGGUUUUAACGGGGGAUCCUCCCAUUUAAAUGUCGUUCGCAGCUUUACCAGUUUGUAGAGCACACUUUGAAACAUAUAUUCUGAUGUAUUCCCGGCUAGCAGUUAUUAUCUGGUUGAGAAUAAAAUUAAUUACUCGAGAAAUUCAGGUCAAGUUUUGAACAUCGAAUCUUUUUUUAGACUCUUGGCUGUCUGAUAGUCUCUAAUCAUACGAACCUAAUCAAAGCGAAGAACGAAAGAAAAAUGUUUGGCUAAGAUAAAUAAAACAAGAGAAAGGAAAAGUUAUUGUUCUUUACUUCGCUUUCAUGAUCGCUUCAAGAUCGAUCGACUACACUUAACAGAAGAAGAAGACAAUACUCUUUUCCGCUUAUGACGAGAGACUAUCGGAUAGGAAAGAUUUAAAAAAAGGACCGAUGUUUAAAACUUCUCCUGAAUUUUCCACGUAAUUGGUGUUUUUCUCAACUAGAGAAUGACUGCAAACCGAGAAAACAUCAGAAGUUAGUUUAACGAAUUUUAAAAAAAUCCUUCACUCAUGUUCCUUCCAGCGAAAUUUGGUUCAAGAUGCUUUUAAAAAUACUUUUUGCUCCAAAACUCCAUUGGGCAGAUCAAAGUGGAAUAAUGCAGUCAACUGAAAACAUUUGCCAUAUGUAUUUCAAACUGUCUUGUACAAAACGAUAGAGUAAAACGAGUGACAGGAGCCCCUCUUAAAGUUUUUUAAAUUUCUUUCUAAUAAGACACCAAAAUUUUUUUUCUUUUCAGCAACUUUGGUCCUUGACAAUGUGAAACCAUUAGACCAGAAACGAAAACAAUCGUCUUAUUUUAUUGACAAGACGUCUUUAUCGACCUACAUUGUUCACAGUGGGUCAGAAUCGGCUACACUUCUUGAAACAUUUGAACAUAUAAAAUGAAUACACUUGAUAACAUUACAUUCAGUCAAAAUAUUGAUAUUACUACGAUCACUACCCAAUACGAAACAACUGAUGAAGAUCUGCGAACUGGAAAUGAAGGUGAACAAUUUGUUUAUGAAUAUUUAAAACAGGAAUUUAUUGUUGAAGGUAACGAAACUGAAAUUGAAUGGAAGAAUAAAGUUAAAGAAUCAUAUUUACGAUAUGAUAUAGAAAUAAUUAAACGAACUUGA